AGCGGGGAUACCGUAAAUACGCAUUCAUAUGCUAUCGGCUUGGCCUGGAUCGAAUACAUAUAUGAAUACGUGGAAGUCAUAGCUUGAAAAGAAAUUUCGCAUGUCUCCCUAGUGCUCUUUACUCAAACAUAUACCAAAGCCAGACGCGAAUAGGGUAGCUGCAACCUUCAGAAUUGACAAAGCCCCUUUCUCACCAGCUACGAGUAAUCUAACCGAAACAUCCAACAAUUCGAUAUGUCUCAACCAGUGUGGUUUAUCACAGGCGUCUCAACAGGCUUCGGUCUACUCCUUACACUCCGUGCUCUUAAGGCUGGCCACAAAGUAAUCGGCACCCUACGAAACAAAGCCAGCCGAGCGGAUGUCGUGCGUCAGAUCGAAGCCGCAGGUGGCGAGGUCAUGGAGAUGGACAUGACAGAAUCCCAGGAGAGUAUUCAGGCAAAGGUCAAGUCCGUGGGUCGGAUCGACUAUCUCAUCAACAAUGCGGGCUAUGCUAUCUUUGGCUGUCUGGAGCAGAUAAGUGAGAAAGAAAUGAACACCCAGAUCAGCACGAAUGUCUUCGGACCUAUAUAUGCAAUGCAGGGGGCGUUAGAAGGCAUGCGAGCUCGUAGAUCAGGUCUCAUUGUCAACAUCUCCAGCAUUGCGGCCAAAGACCCUUUACCAGCUAAUCCCCUCUAUGCGGCCUCGAAAGCCGCGCUCGAGGGCAUCUCAGAGUCUCUAGCGAAAGAGGUCGAAGAAUUUGGCAUCUCCGUGCUAAUCGUUAACCCGGGUGCCUUCCGCACGGCUUUCCUUGGACAGUUGCAGAAGGCGGAGAAGCCUGUUCCAGAUGAUUACAAAAAUGGUACCGUGGGUGCCAUCACCGAGAAGUUUUCGGUGAUGGACGGCAAGCAGAUUGGAGACCCGGAAAAGGGUGUUGAGCGCAUCUUCGAGAUAGUUACCGGCGAGGGCUUGGCUGGGGAGCUGAAGGGGAAGGUCCUUCGGCUUGUGAUUGGCGAGGAUGCGUUCACGAGGAUGAAGAGGAAUACUGAGAAGUUGGUUCAUGAUUACACAAUUCAGGAGAAGGUGGCUUUUAGCACUGGAUAUUAGUGAGCGUUAAUCUGGAAAGGGGCUUGCUCGGAAGGGCUGUGCAGGUGAAGAUGGUCUGGUUUAUAGAGAACAUACAUGCCAAAGCAUGGGUGCCGUGAGUUGCAUCGAGUAAAAUCUAUAUAUCACGAAAUCCUCUGCAUAAAUUUAAUCUUCUAACCGUGCGGGACACGGUUUACCUGGUUUUCUUCACUACCUAUUACAUGUUGGCAGUUAAACAAUCCUAAAAUCUUAUCUGAGCUCAAACAGACAUUUCUAUAGUACGAGUGCGAGGGACAUCGCCUGUUAAAGACAUCUAGUUUCGUCCGCCUAACCUGCACAUGAAGACUCUAAUUGGAGUUAGAAUUCUCGCAUAUAGAUCCCGGAUUUCUAAAGCCCAGUAACUCGAUUACUUGGUUGGGGUUCA